GUAUGUCAAUUAAUUACAUGUUACGACGCUGUUAAUAAACAGAGGGAGUAAUCGGUAAUGUAUACGUCGUUUUCCGAAAUUUACCUAAAAAGUCCCAUGAAACAUAUCUUAACAAAACAAAAGAUAGAAAUAGAAAUAGAAAAUAGAGAUCAAUCUAGUUAGCUAGUCCUAGAAAGAGGGAAAAUCAUGGUGAUUCUAAUUUGUAACUCCGUACAAUACUACUCACUACUAUUACUCCAUACCAUUUUCCACCUAAACAAUAUCCACACAACUCACACUCUCUCUCUCUUCCCCACCUCUUUCUCUCUCCUCCAUCCCCUCUUAUAUAUUUCCACUGUUUUUGCACAAAUUUCUCAUCUGCAUAAAAAAAAAUGGGAACUAACAAUUUUGUUCAAGUCAAAGAAGCCAUUGUUAUCACCCCUUCAGAACCAACCCCUAAUUGUACUCUUUCUCUUUCCACCCUUGAUUCUCAGCUCUUUCUACGCUUCACAAUUGAGUAUCUCCUGAUUUACGAUCCUUAUAAUGGAGUCGAUCGCAGGCAAUUCUGCUCUUGGAUUAAGUCCGCUUUGGGCCGGGCCUUGGUUCAGUACUACCCUCUUGCGGGCCGGGUUCAAGAGAGGAAAGAUGGGCCUCUUCAGGUGGUGUGUCGGGCCCAAGGAGCUGUGUUUGUUGAGGCUGUUUCUGGGUAUAAGAGGGUUGAUUUUGAGAGGGCCCCAUGCCACGUGGAGGAGUGGCGGCAGCUCCUGUGGCUACACGUGGAUGAUGUUUUGAAGGGGGCCCCACCUCUUGUUGUUCAGCUGACGUGGCUUGCUGACGGGGCGGUUGCAAUCGGGUUCGGGUUUAACCAUUGUUUGUGUGAUGGGAUUGGGAGCGCUGAGUUUAUCAACUCGUUUGCUGAGUUAACCCGUGGGCUUUCGGGUCGUGGGCCGAGGCCCGUUUGGGAUCGGCACUUGCUUGACCCGUUUACGACAACGAAAGGGUGUGUCCGUUUGGACUCAGUGAGUCAUCAUCCCGAGUUUAACCGAGUUCAGGACUGUUGUGGGUUUUUGGAUAGAUUCUCUACUGAGAAAUUGGUCCCAACUUCAAGGGUCUUUGUCAAGUUUCACAUCAACCAACUCAAAAGACAAGCUAAUCGACUCAACGAGUCAGCAAAUUACACGUCGUUCGAGGUUGUUUCGGCCCAUAUUUGGAGAUGUUGGGCCAAAUCAUUACACAUGCCCUCAACCCAAGUACUAAGGCUAGUUUUCAGUGUCAAUUUCCGGAACCGAUUAAAACCGGGUCUACCCGUUGGGUUUUAUGGAAACGGGUUUGCGCUCGCGUGUGCACAAACCACGGUUAAGGACCUAACCGAGAAGGGGUUGGGGUAUGCCACGGAUUUAAUAAAAAGGGCUAAGGAAAGAGUGGAUGGUACAUAUGUAAGGGAAGUGAUCGAGUUAGUGAAUGGGAAUAGGACGAGCCCAGACUCAGUAGGGGUGUUAAUAUUGUCGCAAUGGUCAAGACUUGGGCUAGAGCAGGUUGACUUUGGGCUGGGCAAACCAGCCCAUGUAGGGCCCAUUUGCAGUGAUAAGUACUGUUUGUUAUUGCCAGUUCAUAAUCAGAGGGAGGCAGUCAGGGUGAUGGUAGCUGUCCCUACAAGUGCCGUUGACAUGUACCAACAUUUAUUAACAAAACCUUUCUCUUCUAAUUAAGAAGUUUUCGAGCAUAAUCUUUGUUUAAUUAGAGUUAGAGCUUGAUUAAUUAGAUUUCUAAUAUCGAUUUCAUAACUCGAAUCUCCUAGGCAGAAGUUUUGAUCAAUUAUUAGACAUAGUUUGUAACUGACCGUCUUUUGGUGUGGGUUUUGUUUAAGAUUUUUGUGGUAGGAUGACCUAACUUGUUGAGUUUACAAUUUGAUCCUAAUGAUUAAUUAUUUGAUUAUCCAAGUGUGAGAUUAUGGUGUAGUAAUGGCCAAUUGAGCAUGUUGUCUUGUAAA